AUGGCCGCCAUACUUGACCUCCUCAACAUUGCCUGGACACGCUUCAGCACCAAUCUGCGCGGCACGCUCGACGGCAUGAGCACCGAGAAGUGGAUCCGUCUUGUCAUCAUCGUUGGCGCUUACUGUCUUUUGCGUCCUUAUCUGAUGAAGCUGGCCGGCAACUCGCAGAUGAAGCAACACGAUACCAGGCCCGAGGACGAGUGGCUCGGCCCGAAAGCAAAGGUCCAACCCAAUACCCUGCGCGGGCAGGUCGAAAUCCCCGAGGACAGCGAUGAUGAGGCCGCCGAGGUCACCGGCUCGACAACGGCCACCGAGUGGGGCAAGAAGGCGCGCAGGAGGCAGCGUGAAGUACUAAAGAAGUUGAUUGACGUUGAGGAAAAGAGACUCGCGGAGCUGCAGGAGGACGAUGAGGACAAAGACAUCGAAGAGUUCCUGGUCAAGGAGUAA